AUGAGACGGAUAAUGGAAAACCUGGACUAUUGUUCAAAUGAAACAAUAGUUACAUAUUUUUCACAAAUCAAUACGGAUGGCAUUGAAUCACAGAAAACUUAUUAUAAAUAUUUUGUGCCAAUACUUAUCAUCGGUUGUGUGGUAAGUGUCGUAUUGAAUGCCGUACUGGUCAUUGUUGGUCACACCAAAACUGUUAACAAAUCGCCGAUAUUGGUUUUGUCGCUCAACUUGGCCACUACCGACAGUCUGGCCUCUAUAUUCAUUGCCACCGGUCUGGUAGUCAAUUCAUAUUUGCCGGUAGUGUUUGAGAUAGAUAUGGGUGCCUCCAAGUGCUCGCUAUUGAUUAUUGAAAUAUUUCGUUUGUCUUCAUUAAUUUCAUCGGCAAUGCAUUUGCUUUCACUGGCGUUGGUUCACUACAAGGGUAUUGUCAAACCAUUGCAUUAUAGGGCAGUCAUAUUUUGCUCCCAGCACCGAACCCGUAGCAUACAUUUAAUGUCAAUUAUAUGUUGGACACUACCGGCUCUCAUGUUUGGCAUCUAUUUUACAUCGAUUCCAUGUCAAGGUUUUCUCAGUGCCGAAUGUAAUCUUCACUUUGUCCUCACCCGACAGUACCGUAUGAUAAUCGUAAUCUCAUUUUGUGUGCCACUACUGAUAAUGCUGUUCCUCUACGUCCGCAUAUUUACCAUAAUUAAGAGCCAUCAACAACAAAGAAGUGUCACCGGAAGCGUUCGCAGCUUUAAUAGAAAUACUAGCGUUAUAUCGACUCAGAGCCGGGAAAGUAGUUCCAGUCCUCCGCUAAUCAUCGGUAAGAAGAAGCCGAUGAUUGCCAGCUUAAAGUUGUGCACAUUAUGUACUAAUGGCAACACAGGUGGUACCACAGAAACAGCUGACAAUGCAGCUAACGCUGGCCUACUAAAUGGUGGCCACUCUCAUGGCGGACAUAUAUAUGACAAUAUUACUGCCAUUGCUAUAGAGAAGGACACACCUAAUGGCAAUCAUCGAAAGAGUCUACAUUUAAGCAUCAGAAGCAAUGCCACAAUUAAUAGUACAAAGUAUUGUUUUCGGCCCAAACAACAGGUGCACAACAACACCAAAGCGUUGACCACAACACUACUAAUAUUGGGCACAUAUCUGCUUUGUUGGAUACCUGCGGUCAUGUAUUUUGCGCUGACCUGCGUUAAUGGCUGUCCGUUCCCUAUACUACAGGUCAACAUGAAAUUACGGAUCAUUUUCUCGUUUAUAACCAACAGUUUGGUCAUAUUGAAGGCUAUUGUCGAUCCAUUCAUCUACACGUAUCGCAUGAAGGAAAUGAAGUUAGCGGUCAAUCGUUAUUGCUUUAGGCGUCCGGUUGUCCGCACGUCUACAAUGACUAGUCAACGAUCGGGAACGUUAUCAACACUACGGUCUGCCAGUCCGGCCAGUGCUCACCGCAAGAGUAUUAGACAGUCGUCGCCACAGAUUGUCGAGACUAAUAUUAAAUGA